UGAAGUGAAAGCGUAAAACGCAACGCUGGGGAAAAUGGUAGCCUUGCAUUGCAUUGAAAGGUGAAAAUUUAUAUUUUUGUGAAUUAGUCAAAGCGCGUUGCAUGAAUUCGGAAGUGAUAUUGAUGAAGAGUGUAGCUAUGUUGGGACGGAAAAAAUAAUAUGGAUUGAAUUAGAAAUAUAGAAUUAUGUAAAUCGACUUGGAAGAAAAUGUGUAAAGAAAAUGAAAACAUUAAAAAUUUUUAAAACCUAUUCGCUAUACAUACAUACAAAUGUAUGUACUUGUGAAUUGUGUGUGUUUGAUGCUAAAAUUAUAAUGGAUUGAAGAAAUGUUCGGUGUGAAAAAUUUGCCAUUAACACGCAGCGUGCGGUGGUAUGUAAAAAUGCAAAAUGAAAAAUGAAAAAAGAAAAAUCGGCUGAGUACCGUUUAAAAUAAGGGCACUAGUGGCUAUACAAAAAGUUUUUCUUUUUCACAAAUCGUUGCAGCAACGCACCACCAUCCAUUAGGAGCCAGCACAUCGCGCCUCGUCUUUCCCCGCUUUGCUACUAAGUACUUGUCACACGACACAAACACACCCACACCACACGACGACGGGUCAAAUUUUUUUUUUUUUUUGUUUGCUGUCCUUUGCGAACUCCUACGAAGCGUGGACGAUGUUACGUUGGUUAUUCAAUUAUGUGAAGAUUGGAAUAAAGAUGGAGAGAAAAAAUGUAAUUAAAGUUUAACACGGAAAAAUCUAAUAAAUAAAUGAAUAUAAAAACGAGUUGUAAUAGUUUGUGAUAACAAAAAAAAAAAAACAAAAAAAAAAUGUACUUGAGUGUGGUGCCUGUUCCUUUGAAAAUAUGCCGACGAAAAUCACAUACGAAAUAUGUAACGAUUGAUUGAUGUGCUGCAUUUGUAAGCGAAAAUCUACAUACAUACAUACAUACGUACAAAUGUGAUUGAUGAUAAACGAAAAAUUGAUUUUGCAAAAAGCAUACAAACAUACAUGCAAAGUAUAAUAUUUUUGCGUAAGUGAUUAGGAAACAAUUAGAAGAGGCACAAAUAAUUUUUAUUUAAAAAAUUUUCAAGCAAGAAUACUUCUGCAACACAAUUUUUUUCUUUCGAAAUGUGCCUAGAAAAGAUACUGCGAGUAUUGCGAGCAUCCAACGUCAUUCUAUCCGUGUGUUUUCAGCGAACAGAAGCUUCUUGAAUGUGCGAGUAUUUGUUCAAAAAAUGUAACUAAAUUAAAAAUAAAUAAAUCGCAAUGGUUUCUCUUACCCAUGGAAAUACAAAUGCAGUGGGCCUGAUGAGUGUUAUGUGCCUGAUGGGAUGUUUUAAAUUAAAAUAAAUAAAAAGUAAAAAGUGAAUCAAUCGCUUCAAGAACUCGAUGCUAUUAACAAAUACAACAAAAAAGUAAACAAAAAACCAAUGGACUUUAAUUAAUAAGAAACCAACAAUUCAGAUAAUAAAAAUUUAUAAAAAGUAUUAUUAAGAAAAUAAAACAAGAAGCAAACCCCCUUAAUUGUCUUCCAAGCAACCAAUAAAGAAAAUUCCAUAAGUCCUCAAGUUCAUAACACGAACGAUGGAAAAAGUUGUCGAAAUUUACCUCGGCGACUGCAAUAAACGGCGAAUAUUCCAUGCUACGUCUCAGCAAGCAACUACAACAAUAGCAACGAGUAAGGAACAAAAACAAACUCAAAAGUACUACUACACGAAGAGCAAAAUACACAAAAACUACAAUAGCAAUACAAACCGAAGACACAACGAAAACCGUGGGCAACAACAAACGCAACAAUCAAAGCAUCGACAAAAACGAACUUCGUGUCAGCAACAGUAUUAUGCACAAAAUGCGGCGACGACCGGAACAUCGCAAAAACAACAACAACAGCAACAACAACUACAACCACAGCUAACACCCACUGUCGACUACUUCCGCUUCUCCGCUUUGUAUGCACUGGUAGCAACAUCCGCUACCGCUGCCGCGUAUCAUAUGCGUGACGCGUACGCGUGUGUGACUGCCUACGAUGAAGUCAACGACGACAGCGAUAGCGACUGCGAGGACGACAACGGCGGUAAUUCUGGCGGUACGCCUCACCAUCACAACACACGGCAGCGGCAUAUCACUGAUGCAACCACCACUAUGGAAUUGAAGCGUAGCCGUACAAGCCUUAUACAACCGCAGCUUAGCAAAUUGUUGCGAGCCGCAUGCCUUCGCAAUGGUAAUGGAGUUCGUCAUGCAACUAGUAUUGGUGUGGGUACUGACGGCGCAGGUGGUGCCAGUAGUUGUGGUCUCUUCAAUGCGAUUGGUACUGCCACCGGAAGUGGCACCAGUUUUGUGGGUAGCGGCUUCGAUACGCGUAGCAUUUUCUAUUUAACGCUCGUAUUCUUUAUCUAUUGUGGUGUGAUGAUGCGCGCCUCGGUGGCAGCAACGGCCCUUGCUAAUGCGACGCAUAACAAUAAUAAUAGUGAUAGUAAUGAAAAUAAUGCGCCAACGGCAGCGACGAAUAUGACGCCAAACUCGGCUUCUAUUGAAAAUGUGCAGACUAAAACGGUAAGAGAUUUGAUAACUUCUGUACGAGCGUCACCAUCAACCACAUCUGGGAACGCAUCUGCAUUGUCUCUAUCAUCACCUGUCAGCAACUUUACAACUGAUAUUGUGAAUAAUAGCCGUAAGGUGUCAUCGCUAGCAGUAACGGAGGCGUCGCCAGCCGUUUUGGUGGGUAAGGAUGAACGUCUAGCGAAAAUGCAACGCGUUGUUAAGCGCGAUACCGCUCAUGUGCCUGAUGAUGAGGAUGAUUCCGCUUAUCAUGACGACGAAUUUGAUGAAUACGAGGCUUUAAUAAAUAAUCGAUCUGCAAAAGGUAAAUACAUCGGUGCUCCCUGCUUCAGCAACAUGACGUGCGAAACUUCACUAUUGCAUGUCACGUGCGAAAAGGAGACAAAAACCUGCGGCUGUGAAAAAAACUAUCCAGUACAGCUUGGACUAACCAAAGGUUGCGACAAGCCUAAAAAACUGGGCGAACAGUGUUUCUACGAUGAAACUUGUAUGUAUAACGACGAAAAUUCCCUUUGUGUUCAGGUGCGACACAAUGCCAUCUGCCAAUGUGCACAUGGUUUUCAUUCCGUAAGUCACACGAAGCCAACGCGACGCAUUUUUUGUACGAAAGACUUAAAGGAGCUGAAUUCUGAUUUACCUACUUUACUGGGUGUUACAACGGGGAUCGCAGUGCUAGCCGGGCUGAUCUGUAUGGUAUUACACCUUUUCAGUAAGACGAAAUACCCACGUCCACGAAACUUCGGCGAUGCGAAUCUCCCGCCACCCAUUAUGUACUCCAGUGAUACAGUACAAUCGGGACGUCCAUCAUCACGUUCCAGUCUCCGUUCGAGCGGCUCAAUCGGUUCCUAUGGCAAUCGACGUGCUUCUUCCGGUGGCGCAACAACUGGCGGCGGGCAUGGUGUGGGCAUAAGUGGUGGCGGCAGUAGCGGUACGAAAGGCAUACUCGUCUCUACAUCACGUACAGGUGCGGCUAGAUCGGCCGCCAUAUUGCUUAUAUCGUGUCAUUUGACGGAGAUCGCCAAAGAGGCGGCUAUACGCACCACAACGUCGCGACAAGCCUCGGGGGCUGGCUGCAGUGCGAAUUCGCGCGACAAUCUGGAUGAUAAUGGCUCGGGUGGUGCCACAACAGCCGGCACAACCGGCGGCAGCGGCACUCGUAGUUGCGAUAGUACAUUGUCAAUGACGCGUCACCUGCAGAAGCAGUUGAAUCAUCAGCGUCAUUUGUUAAGUCUCGAGCUGUCGCCGGCAAAAUCGAAAAAUAACGAUAGAAUUAGAACAUUGUUGGGCAUUAAUGGAAUUGAUAAUUAUAGAACCGAUGACGAUGAUGAGUUAAAUAGUUUAGAUCAUAAUCACCUGCAAAUUGGUGCAUUGCCGACACCGGCCAGUGAAACGCCUAGAUUUGCGGCACAUCCAUUCUCACGUACACAGGCCGUCUGUACCUACUACACUACACAAUUGGUGUCACGUAAGAAAUUUCGAAUCGAAUUGGUCGUUAAUGCAAAGUGCAUUUCUUGCACUAUACUGCAAUACUUAUGUAUUUUCUGCAAAAACAAAAAAAAAAAAACGGUGCACAAAAAACUCACUAGGAUUCACUCGUAAUUAGACUGUGAAUGCAAUAAUUCGUAUGCGUACAUACAUACGUACAUUGCAGAGGCACUUUAUUAGUUGUAGAAAACAAUAACUUUUGCAGUACUUGUAAUUUGUAAAGCGUUCCUAAAAUUAUAAAGCGUUGUGAUAAAGCUUGCAAAAUAUUAUGUUGUCAAGUGUAAUAUUCGUGCGGUAACUAAUUUCUUAAGUGGGUCAUAUGCGAAAUUGUGGGGGUAGUACAUAGACGCCAUGCCGCAGUUGAACUCCGUUUGUUUUUAACUAAGUUUCAACUCUGGUUAAAUGCCCAGGGCGGCCGUCGUAGCCGAAUUGGUUGGUGCGUGACUACCAUUCGGAAUGCGGAGUACGUAGGUUCGAAUCUCCGCGAAACACCAAUAUGAAGUACAAUUUUUUUUAAAGCGCACCCCACUUGAAAGGCAAUGGCAAACCUUCGAGUGUAUUUCCUGCAUGAAAAAGGCCCUCAUAAAAAACCGCCGCCAAAGCUUAACGAGAUUUUAAAAACCCACUGGAAAACAGGUUUGCACUCUAAAAUUAGUUUUAUAUUAAAGUAGGGUUAAGUUAACUUGGUUUAACUAGAGUGGAAACUUGAACCUAAGAACUUUGCCUUAUUGGCUGACUGCUCUUAGUACGAGGACGUCUCAAUAGACACGAGAAAUUUAAAUAACAAACACCUGGCUUAGGAAAUUGAAACCAGAAAAACGUUUAUUUUUGAGCAUCCAGUUUCUUUCUAGCUCGUAGCAUUUUAUCAUUUCAUGCAACAUUUUUCCAAAUUUUUGAAGCCCGACAGGAUUUUCCGAGGAACUCAAAGUAGGCGUCUGCGUCAUUGAAGAUCUCUUCAUUCAUAUCUUACUGCAAAACCAUUACUUUAUAUUUUAAAAUAAAUAUAGGUUAUAGUUGUAGGGGGCUAAAUCUGGAGAACUUCCUGGAUGCGGCAUCGAUUCGUUACCUAACUCAUGCAAUUUUGCUAUUGCAGACUUGUGAGCCGUUCCUUUAUGUGGGUGGAAGAGAUCUUAUUAUCGCUUAUUGCUGUCAGUUUUGUUUCAAAUUGGCGUCGAAUGGUCAUAACAGCUCCGCGAAAUGUGCGCCGCUGAUUGUUUUACCCUUCCCAAGGUGGUCUAUGUGAAGGGCACUGUUCACUUUCCAAGCCACUGUCACUGUGACUUUGUUGGCUUACAGGCCCCUUCUGGCCUUCGGUUCACAAUGCGAAGUUCAACUGUUCUUUGGCCUUUGCUGAAUAGAAGUAUGCUACCGAAGGCAUCCUUAAGGUGGAUGAGAAGAUGAAACGUAUUUAUUUUGUGCCCUCAUUGAUUAGUGACGUAUAAUUUUUUAGAUGGAGUGUGCGUUGUAUGACGGCAGUAAGUUCUGUGUUCCACUUUAAAUUAGAAAUAAAAUCAGGAAACAUUUUUAGAUUUCUAAAAUUUUUUAGAUUUAUAUUUACCAUAGUUUUCUAUUAGAGAACGAUUUUUUAGAAUUGACUCAGUAUCAACAACUAGUUUCGGUCUUAGUAAUACUUUUGGUCUCAAGCAAUAACCAACUAAGUCGGCUUAAGAAAAAACUUAAUUAUAUACGCCAACUAACAAAAUUAUACACUUAUAUGAAAUCAUUUAUGCUAUUCUAAUAAUUCUUAAAAAUUAUAUUGAAUAUUAUUUUCUAUGAAAUAAGCCGUAGAGCUCCGAAGCUAUUCAUGCAUUUUUGGGAUGGAUUUUGACCAUCAAAAAGCCAUUUAAUAUAUGGGUUUUCCAAACAGAGGUAUUAUGUUGAUAUUCAUAGAAAAAUGCUAUUUUUUAAUAUAAAUGAUCGGAUGUUUUUGUCAUCAUAAAGAUUAAGGUAUGCUGUUAAUAGUGGAAAAUAACAUCAGGCGAAUGACCACCACGACCACGCUUACCGGACAAUAUCCUUUUCGUGAAAUUUUCUAUAACCGAAUUGCAAAGUGGCUGCCCUAUGUCCUCGAUAGCCUCACGAAUUCUAUCUUUGAGGUCUUGAAUUGACCCUGGGCUGUUGGCGUAGACCUUCUCUUUCAAGUGGCCACAAAGAAAAAAGUCACAAGAUGUUAAAUCACAAGAUCUCGGUUGCAAAUUGUGAUCACCUCUUCGAGAGAUAACACGGUCCGGAAACUUUUUCUGUCCAAGAUCAAUGGUUUCGUUGCUUGUGUGGCACAUAGCGUCGUCUUGUUGAAAAUAAACGUUUACCAGAUCAAAAUCAUCCAAUUCCGGCCUUAAAAAAUCGUUAAUGAUCUCUCGAUAGCGCAAUCCAUUCACCAAUAACACCUGUUAUUGGAAAACCCUAUACUAUCUGUAGCAUUAAAUGGGCUUCAAUAAGAUUCUUCACUAGCUUCCACGAUCGUAUCUGUAAUUACGUGUUUACUUCAGUUCCGGGUUAAACUGCUUAUUAAUUGGUAAUUGAUAGUUUGGAUGGAUGCUCCAUUUGCAGUAUUCUUAAGUAAAGAAAUUACAUUUAAAAAUUUAAAUUGAAGCUAAAAUGAAAUAUCUAAAGCCUUCAGAAACAUUUGAGAUGAAAUAUUCUGCACACCAGCCGCGUUAGUGAAUUCAUUAAGCGAAAAUUUUGAUAACACUGCCUAAAUUGAAAAAAAGUGGUGAAACUUGGCACGUCAUAUAGCUCACAUUAAGGCACCGAUUGAGUAGUAUAAAACUCUAUACUCGAAAUCUUAAACACGCCCUCAAAUCUUAGCUUAGUGCCAAGCUGUUUGAAGUGUUUUCCGCUGGUAAUAUGUAUGAAUCGACUUUCAAGUUUUAUGAACGUUUGCAGCAGCACUACAUAUAACUUAACAUAUUUUAGUUGAAAAUUGUGAUGUAUUACCUUAAGUGUAACAAAAAACAAAAACAGUACACCACCUUGCUUGGAAUUCAAAACAAAAAAAGCAUAAUUUUCACUUUUGACUUUUCAGACGACUUUUUUUGAGAUGUUCUUCUUCUAGUAAACUUGAGUACGCGAUAUACCUAAAAUCAUCCUCAUAUGUUUUUUGGAGAAUUUGAUACAUUUCUGUAAAAAAUUUACCAAGAUUUAUACAAAAGUCAAUCGCAGCUCUUUACUUGAAACUAAUUUUUUGAAGGCAGCAUGAAAUAUACUAAAAAAAUUACAACUAAUUAUGAUUUGUUACAUCCACACGUACAAGUAAAUGUUAGUUUACAGUAAUGCUGACGAAUGCAAAAUGUUACCAAAAAAAACGGCGAUCUAACUAUGAGAUUUUAACGGGCCGACUAUCAAUAGUAUCAGAUUUCUAGUGUACAUACUAUGUAGGCAUAUAUAAUAUAAUAUAAAAGUUUUUUUGCUUGAAAGUAUGAUUUUUCGACUUAUACGGUUACUGCUUGUGCCCGAAAAUUCAUGUUAGUAUAGACAAUUUCGUGUUACUCUGCAAUUUUUUUGAUGUAAACGAUCAAAAUUUAGCUAUAAAGUGUAAAGCUGUUAAGUGUAACAUUGCUAAAGUAUUACACAAAUCAAAUGCCGAACAAACGAAUAGCCCGAUGUUCAGUGGUGUUGUGUUCAUAUAUGAAUACGAAGGCGUGUGGCUUAAAAUACUGAUACGAAUGCAAAUGCAUAUCAGAAACCGAUAGCGAAUACGUUACCCGAGUUGGAAAGGUAGUAUGAGUCCGAGCAUGCACGCGAAUACGAGUAUAAAUAUGAAAAAAAAAUUUAAAAUAAGCAUACGAAUUUGAAGAAAAAUAAGAACAACAUAAUGAGAAAGCAAGUAAGAACACGAACAUAUUUGAGUACAAUGAAUGGGAAUAAAUUUGUAUUCCUUUCAAAGGAAAGUCCCCAAAUUAUUUAACAUUAAAGCCUCGGGUGUUAAGCACACACACAUCUUUUGAAAAUAGUGUGAAUAUACAAUACAUUGGUGUACUAAAAUUAUAGUCUCUGAUAAGGCGUGCAUAUGUUAAAGCGACCUGUGCACGACAUUUCAAUCGAUGAGAGCUUUUUUUCGCUCUGUGUUAGUUGCAAAAAAUAUACCGAGCCAAAACAAAAAAGAGAAAACAACAAAACAAAUGUAGCGGGAAAUAUAUUUACCUAUUGCGAAAACAAUUCCUUGAAGACAAAGAAACAAAAACCAAAAAAAAAACUAUUCAAAGCAAUUGUUUUGUGUUAUUGUAAAAAUAUUGUAUAUAAUUGUAAAAAAACUGAGUCUAGUUAACCUCCUUAGCAGCUGCAAUCCAUCAUAAUUACAUAGAAAACUCUCUUCAGUUGGUAUUUAAUGCACACUUUAAGUAAAUAUGUAUAAAUUAUCAAAAUUAACUAGUCGAAAUUAUCACACACACACAUACAUACAUAUAUACUCACAUAUUUCUGGACUUUUCAUGAAGCAAAUUACUUGCCUUUAGCAAGUUUUGCACUUGAAUCAAUAUCGCUCGAUUUUACAUUGAAAACUUUAAGAUUUAUUUUAUUCACAUUUAUUCUUAAAUUGAGACUACGAAUGUUUAAAAUUGCAAUUUGUAGUUCAAAAUGGAUAAAUCUACUUGAGUUGCUUUUAGAAAAGUCCGUAGAUAUGAAUUUAGCACUAAACACCCUUUUUCCAAAAACAAAAUUCCAAUCAUAACCAUAAACUGAAACUGAAAACAUGCAAAAACAGCCUUCAUACAGAUCACAACAUUUGUAGGUGUUGUGUUGAUUUAAUAAAAGUAUCAAAAAAAACAAAAAAUUCUAUAGUAAU